AAAUUGGACGGCAGUGAUUAAAUUGUCGGAGAAGUGAAAGUCACAGAGCAGUGAGGGUAUCAGCUAUGGACCCUCCUUGCUCACAUGCAGGAUUUAUAGGCAAAAAUCUCCGUAGUUGUAGAGUCCAAUGCUUCAGUGUGAGUCAGGCCGACGCCUCAUCCCAACUCCAAAACCACCCUUUUUAGACUAAUCUCUUCUUCCCUUCCGUCUCUCUUUCUAUUUUAUCUCAUCAACCUUAAACCUCAACUCUAAACAGUAAAAAAGCUUCUCAUUUUUCCUUCAUCUCUGCUGCAAUGUUAAGCGACAAAAAAAAGCUGAUCCUUAACACCGUUUCAGUCAGCAUAGGCUGCAGCAGCUGCAAGAGAUCCAAGCUCGCUAGUUUUUUCAGCCCCAAACCCAAAUCCAAAUCCAAACCCAAAUCCAAACCCAAAUCUAAUUCCCAAUCUCUUUACAACUCUUCUUCUUCGAGCUCUUCCAAGAAAGCAGCCACCCAUUAUUAUUUCUCGGAAACCGCCACCUCUUUUUCUCCCAGCACUGACACUCCUCGUUGCUGGGACAUGGACACCGAUGACACAGACCACGACAGUAAGGGUUCAAUGUCAACUGUACGAGGUUUUGGUCGUGUCGGAGGGGAGAGUCUAGCAGUGGAGAAGGACUCCGACGACCCUUAUUUGGACUUCAGGCACUCCAUGUUGCAAAUGAUACUGGAGAAAGAGAUAUAUUCGAAAGAUGAUUUGAGAGAGCUUCUCAACUGUUUCUUGGAGCUGAAUUCGCCUUAUUACCAUGGGAUUAUUAUUAGAGCUUUCACGGAGAUCUGGAACGGGGUUUUCAACGUCAAGCCUGGUGGUGGCGGCGCCGUUGCUUCCCCAGAGCUGCAUUUCGGGUUCAGGCCAUGUGACUUCUAGGUGUCGCUGUUGCUACGUUAUCUAUGGUCUCUUUCUCCUUUUUUUUUUUUCCUUAGCUUCAAGUACAGUGCAAUAGGUUAAUAAUAAAUUAGUUAAAUGUCUGACUAUUGCUUAUAAACGCUUGUUAAGGUAGUAUUUAAAGAAAUAUUUUCGAGUUUAAUGCAAUAGUAAGUUGUGAAUGUGAAGGCUUGGAAAUAUUUCUUUAAAUAAAAUCAUUUUAACAAGUGUGUUUAUGGCACGUUUUAACUUACUUCAUUAAUAUCUCGUCUCCCAACAUUAAAGGUAGAGAAGUAGAAUGCGUAAAAGACCCACUAAAAUAUAGUAUUGUGGGUCAUAUACAUUUAGAAGUUAAUAUUUGAGCUUUGGAAAUGGAAGACUGUUCUAUUAUUUACUUCUGACAAGUUGAUAAAUAUAUAAAUGAUGGUGAAGUAAUCUUGAUGGUACAUGAAGAGUGAGCUUAGAUACCAUUUUAGCAUCAAUUAUGAAACUUAUUAGGCCCAAAAGUAGAAGAGAUUUUGGGGGCAUUUAUCCUCUUUUGGAAAAAGAUACAUGGCAUGUUUUUAUUGGUAGUAAACUACAUUUGAGAAAGGGCAGGUUAAUGGAUAAUAAGCAAGUCAAGCUACAAGGAUUCGGUGGUGACCUGAUGGUAUAUGGAUUGCAUGAGAGUAGCAUUCAUGUAUUAUGGUAUAUUUAAUUAAUAUAAUUUGUAUGCUGGCAUUGGGAUUUGAAGAGCAGUAAUAAUUAGAGAAGAGUGUCGUUUUUGCAAA